AUGUCAAACUCAGAAUCAACUACUGCCACAGGCAUCGAUGGAUUCGACGACUCCAAGGCAGACGUUCGUAGAUACGCCAUCUUUAUCCCCGAUCAAAUUGUAGAGGGUUCAUCCAUGCCUCUCGAUGAGGAGGAUGCCGACGACAAUGCAAGCCUUCUCACCGAUUUCGUAUCUGCAUGGGAGUCUACUACUGGACCCAUAGCAUGUGCUGCAGAUCCCAAGCUGAGCGAUAGCGUUCUAUCCGAGGCUCAGGAACUCAACGAAAAACAUCAAAAGCAAUCCGACGGAGUAACGGAGGCCCAGAGAAUCGUCCAGGAAUACCUACAACGAAAUAAGACAAUCGAGGACCAAGGGACUACAAAUGUCUGCCCCCUCAACACUGCAAAAGAACUUCCCGUUACUCCUAACAACAGGGAUUCGACAUGCACCCAUGCCGUAACUGACGACGGACAAUUCACAAUCGAUCUUGAGAAGCGUCCCGAGUUAGAGGUUCGUCUAUUUCAUCAUGACCCGGAAGGCGUAGCGCAGGCGCAACUUCAGGGAUUGGAAAUGGUUCAGACUGGCCACUACACUCCUGGAGCCAUGAUCCGCUGUGAACGUCCUGGAUGCACUGAUGUCCUUCGCAAUCUUGAAGCGCUCAAAUGUCAUUUGCACAUCCACAACAUUGGCGACAUGACUGAUGCCAUCAGUGUUUUGUAUGGGAACUGCCAAAGGGCAAAAGAACUUGGACACUCUUCUACGGAGUCUUCGCCACUCAAUAAAUUCUCGAGAAAGGUUCGCGAUCGGUCCAGAUCGAUCACGGACUUGGACGCCCCAUCAGGCAGCUCGUGCGACCCAACGCGAAAGGUCUAUACGAAGGACCCUUGUUCUUCCUCUCGCAGUCGAAAGGCUGGUGCCGUUGAUGCACCGCACACGCGAACGAAGCUGCCCGAUGCAUUGACACCACAAACACGUGGACGACGCAGCAAUAGGAGCACCAUUCGCGGCGGACUCGAUGAGGCUGGGUAUCAUGACACCAUUGCGAUGGUUCUUUCUCGCCCUCCGUCGCCUGUACAAGGCGCCCGAGAGGCUUUGGGUUCCGAUAUGAACCUGCCUGUCAACAAAAGCGGCGUGCUUUCACCUUCUGUCAGUCCGACUUUGGGAGAAAAGGAGUUACCUCGUGCGACAAGCCCCAAACGAUUCAGCCCAGGUAGAGCCCUCAGUCCCAUCCGAGGCAUGUCUUAUUCCUGCAUUCUUUUUGUUCAGGCAGCUAACAUUUUUGAUGUCUCGCAGAUGGUCUUCGACGAUGUUUUCAUUCGGAUGCUUGAAUGGGCACAAUGA